AUGCCCAGAAGCGCUCGUCGCCGAUUUCCGACUCCAUUUUCAACGUUAUCAAACUUGGAAUCCGAUAAUACGUCAUAUAGUGACGCAUCACGUUGUCAAUUCUGCAAUGCUCGCCAUUCUUUGAGAAGUUGUGAGACGUUUUUCGGUGCGACCGAUUAUGUAAAACGUAACUUUGUUGUAGAUUACAGACUUUGCUUUAAAUGUCUUGAACCGGGCCAUCGUGCAUUUAUGUGUAGAUGUGAUGUCGAGUGUAGUAUAUGCAAUGGGAAACAUCACAAAUGUAUUCAUGGAAUUCGCAUGUUUGAAAGCGUCCUAAGGCCAAUAAACCGACAGGGUAUAAACAAUGCGGUGUCGGUAACAACUAGAGUUCAAUUUGAGUUGCUGCCUGUUCUGGUUAGAGGAGCUAAUGGACGCUCCGAAUAUACAGUUGCUUUGCUUGAUUCGGCAAGUCAGGUCUCUCUCAUCCUUCCCAAACUCAAAACUAAGUUGGAUUUGCGUGGACGUCGUAAAAGGCUCAUGUUAACCACCCUCGGAGGAACUGGGGCCUUGCAUGACUCGGAAGCGGUCGAACUUUUUGUGCGUGACAAAUUGAAUCCCGACGGCAAAGAACUACAUCUAAAGUCAGUUUUCGUAUGCGGCACCAGAAUUCCCCACCCUGAAAGAAGUCAUAAAGAUUUUGAAUCCUUCCAUCAUUUACGUGGAUUAUCACUUCCUGACAUUAGAGAAAACAAAGUUAUGUUGCUCAUAGGUGCGGACCUUCCAUUUGCCCACUUUCAACUUGAAGGACGUGUAGGGGGAGACGAUGAACCGAUUGCAAUAAGAACACCACUCGGAUGGACUUUGCUAGGCGCAAACAAACGCGCUUGUGGAGACGAUUUAAUUCAUGCUAAUUGUCAUUUAUUACACGAUGAUUACAAUAUCUUGCAAGACCAAGUUAAGCAAUUUUCGAGUACGGAAGCGAUGGUAAUGAGCUACAACACGAAGCGCGCCGAAUCUGUGGAAGAUCGCGUGGCUGCGAAUGUGAAUAGAGCUAAAACGUCUAUUGUUGAUGGGCAUUAUAAAGUCGGCUUUCUGUGGCGUCGCGAUAUUUCCAUUAUGUUGGAGAACAGUCUUAUUGCCCGUACGAGAUGUAGGAAUCCGAAAAAACGACUGUUGGAAAAUGACGGUCUGAGAGACAUGUACGGCACCUCUAUGAGGAAAAACAUCGAACGUGAUUGGGUGCGAAAGCUGACUGUUAAAGAACGUGAUACUUUGGGUCCUCGAACUUGGUAUCUUCCUCAUCAUGGAGUUGAGAAUCCAAAUAAACCUGGCAAGAUACGAAUAGUUUUUGACGCCGCGGAUACAUAUUGUGGAAUCGGUUUGAAUAAUCAGAUAUAUUCGGGACCUGAUCUCAUUAAGAGUCUGAUUGGAGUUAUGCUGAUAUUGAAGCCAUGUAUCACUUGGUGCGUCUACCACAGUCGGACACGGAUUCAGUCAGAUCUUUCUUGCAAGGAAAUCUGA